CCAAAACUUUUUUCUUGGGUUUUCUUCUUCUGAUAAGUUCUCUUCUUCUUAUCUCUUUCAGUUUAGUCCUUUAAAUCUCAUCUGGGGUUUCUGAGUUUUUCUGUCUUAUCAAAGUUUAUUAGUUCGAAAAUGGCUAAAGUUAACCAAGUGAUCAGCUUUGGUCAGACCCAGAUGCCGUUUCCGAAAUACGAACAAAACCCAACAAACUUUUUCUGGAGAUUCUCGCCGGAGAAUUCGAACGACAAGGCCCAAUUAUCGGCUUCAUCGACUUCGGAAUCGGAAUCCGAAGAACCGGAAAUCAAUCUCUGCCUCUCUUUGGGAGGACUCUACGCGAAACCCACCAAGGAAAAUCAAAAUCCGUUGGCGCGGUCGUCGUCGAUCGCCGGAGAAGAAUCGGAGACCCACCGGAGAGAAAUUCCGUUUCUUUCUCUGUCGAGGUCUUGCUCGCUGCCGACGGAGAGUAAUAGUAACGGUGAAGAGGCGGUCAGGCUUCGAGAUUUGCAGUAUAUGAGGAGAAUGGCGGCUAAGAAGAGAUUGGCCGAGAAGCAGAGAGGUUUCAGGGAAGAAUUUGAGGAAGAGAUGUCGCCGGAGUCGGAGAUGGCGGCCUGGGCGGCGACUUCUGCGGCCAAGAAUGCUGCUUUGAGUCGUGCCAUUUGUAAGAUUCAAGGACAAGAAUGUUUAACUGCCGCAAGAGACAACACCGGUUUGAAGAACACCGCGGAACCUCCUUCCAUGUUCUCAAAGGCGUCUGAUGGGGGCGAAUUCGUCAACCCUUCAGAGACCAAUAAACUGCAGCAGAAUCCACUGAAGAAGGUCAAAGCUUCAAGUGGGAAAGUUUUGGACAAUUGGGUGGAUGUGAUGAACAGAAUGCCUAGUGUGACAACCACUGGGGAUGGUCCUAAUGGAAAAAGAAUUGAUGGGUUUCUUUACAAGUACACCAAAGGUCAAGUGAGCAUAGUGUGUGUUUGCCAUGGAAAUUUUCUCUCCCCGGCUGAGUUCGUCAAGCACGCUGGCGGGAAGGAGGUGACGAACCCGAUGCGACACAUCAAUGUCUGCACUGCUCUCCCCUUGUAGGUCAGUUAGUGGUGGUGGCAUUGUCACCCCAUUUUAGACAAUGCUAACAAAUUAUGAUAAGUAAGCCCAACCUAAGCGUAAAAAGCUUUUUUUUUAUUUAUUUAUUUAUUGUAAUCUCUUUAUUUAAUUUUUCAUGCUCUUAUGCUUAAGGUUAUUAAGUUAGGUAAUUUAGAGAGAUUAUCAGUAAAAGGUAAAUCAGCUGUUUAAUGUCCUUUGUUCUAGUGGUCCUCUCUAAAAGGUUUAUUAACAAAUUGUUGGUACUUCUCUCCUCAACUAUUAUACGAGGACUCUUUGGAAAUGGCUUCCAAUGAUGAAAUCA